AUGCCUUCAAAUGAAUCAUUCUCAGUCGCAAACGGCCACAGCGAGAAUGACUGGUCUGUUGACCCAAGUCAAUUCGCCUUUACGCCCCGAAAGCUCAGGGUGGUUUGCAUAGGCGCGGGCUUCUCGGGGUUGAUACUGGCGUACAAGCUGAAGCACGAGAGACCAAUGGACUUUGUCGAUUAUACUAUUUACGAGAAGAAUCCAGAGGUUGGAGGAACGUGGUACGAGAAUAUCUAUCCCGGGGUUGGAUGUGACAUUCCUGCCCAUAGCUAUGUCUUCCCCUUUGAACCAAAUCCUAAUUGGUCCAAGUUCUAUGCCAGCGGAUCAGAGAUCCAGGACUACAUCGUCAACACGGCGGACAAGUACGGUCUCAGAGACAAAAUCACAUUCAACACAAAGCUUCUACAAGCGGUUUGGAACGAAAGGGAUGGAAAGUGGAAACUCACGCUGGAGCAGGCAGGCUCGCUCAUCGAGGACGUGGCCGAUGUUGUCCUGGAUGGUAGUGGCAUCCUAAAUCAAUGGAAAUGGCCCGAUGUCGAGGGCCUGGAUUUAUUUCAAGGAAAACUCCUUCAUAGUGCCCGAUGGGAUCCGGAUUACGACUGGACGGGAAAGAGAAUUGCCGUUAUUGGCAACGGAUCUUCUGCUCUGCAGAUAGUUCCAGCACUCCAGCCAAAGGCUAACAAGAUUGUCAACUACAUCCGCCGCGCGACCUGGGUGUCCACGAAUCUCUGCGGGAAUCUGACCAAAGAUGGCAUGGGGACGAACUUCGAAUUCACAGAGGAGGAAAAGCAGCAAUUUAGAGAAGACCUUGUGGACUUUCUCAAGUACCGCAAGACAGUCGAGAACUCGGUCAACUCCGUUUUCCGACUCAUGCUCUCCGGCUCCGAAGAGAACAGAUUCCUGUUCAAUCUCGUCGACAGCGUUAUGCGAGCCCGGCUGUCCAAGGUCCCAGAGUUAGCCGACAAGCUCAUUCCAAAGUAUGAAAUUGGAUGCCGCCGUCUUAGCCCCGGAGACGGCUAUCUCGAAGCACUGCAGGCCGACAACGCGGAGAUCUGCUUCGACAGCAUCCAACGCAUUACCGAGACCGGUAUUCAGACAGACAAAGGAGUUGAGGAGUUUGAUCUGAUCGUCUGUGCCACCGGAUUCAACACGUCUUUCAUUCCUCCCUGGGAGCUCGUCGGUCGAGACGGACGAAGUCUCGACGAGGAGUGGAAGGAGAAGCCCGAGGCGUACUUCUCUGUCUGCGCAGCCGGUAUCCCGAACUACUUUAUGUUUGCUGGCCCGAACUGCCCCAUUGGCCAUGGCUCUGUACCGCAGAUGCUCGCCUGGACGGCCGACUAUAUGUUAGAUUGGGUUCAAAAGAUAGCAAUCGAAGAUAUCAAAUCGGUUGCCGUCAAAGACUCCGUCGUCCGUGAUUACAACAUCUACGCGCAGGAGAACCUUAAACGCGCGGUCUGGUCCAAGGGCUGCCAUGCCUGGUACAGCAAGAAGAGCAAGGGAGAGGGCGUCACGGUCACGGCAAUGUAUCCAGGAAGUGUCUUGCACUACAAGGCUGUCCUGCGCACCAUUCGCGGCGAACAUUUUGACAUCCGGUACAACACGACUAAUCCGUUCCGGUAUCUUGGAAAUGGGGAGCUGGCUUGGGAGCGAGGAGAGGGAGCGGAUCUGGCGUUUUACCUGAAGUAG